CCAGAGAUUUGUUGCUAACAAAAUCCAGUUCUUCAUGGAAUUGAAACUGAUCAUUGCAAUUCUUCCAUGAGCUAGCUUUCCGAUCUUAUCAAAAAGAUCCAUUAAUACUUGAACAUCAAGCAUUCCGACUGAAGGCUAGUAUGGCCUUGUCUGCAACAGACCUCUUGAUCGGUAAACUUGCGACUAUUCUUGAGAACGAAGGAACCACCAUAGCCGGUGUUCGUGAUGAAGUUGACAAGAUUAAGCAGGAGCUUCUAAGCAUGAAAGCUUUCCUCGAGGACGCGGAAGCCAAAAAGGUACAAACUGAAGGAGAGAAAUUGUGGGUUGCAAGCAUCAGAGACUUAGCCUAUGACGUUGAAGAUAUCAUUGAUGAGUUCAUGUAUCACAUGUAUGAGAAGCAGAGUGGGGGUCGGCUUUUUAGGGGUCUACACAAAAUCAUUCAUGCUCCAAAUGAUAUCUUGUUCAGGCGUAGUAUUGCAAAGAAGUUGCAAAAAAUCACUGAAACAAUAAAAGCCAUUCCUGAGAGGAAUCUAAGAUAUAGUUUCCGCCUUACUGUAGGAACAAGUGCUAGUACUGAAGAUACAUACAAAUGGGUGCAGAACCAAGUGGAGUCUUCCUUUCUCAUUACUGAUGAUGAACUUGUGGGGAUUGAAAAAAAGAAGCAGAUUCUGAUUGGAUGGCUCCUGGGCAAAGAGCAAAACCAAACUGUUGUCUCCGUGGUUGGGAUGGGAGGAUCUGGGAAGACUACUCUGGUUGCCACGACCUACACCAAUGAAAGGGUAAAGAGACAUUUCAAUUGUUAUGCGUGGAUUACAAUUUCCCAAACUUAUGUUAUUGCAGACUUGUUUCGAAGUUUAAUCAUGCAACUCCAUAAAUCAAGGAAGAAAGAUAUUCCUGCAAACUUGAAUGCCAUGAGCCACACAGAAUUACAAGAUACACUGGUUAACUACUUGGAGUCCAAACGGUACUUGGUUGUUCUAGAUGAUGUGUGGGAUAACAAAGUCUGGAAAGAAAUAAGGGUAUCACUACUUGAUCAAAGACUCGGAAGUCGAAUAAUACUGACAACCCGAAAAGAAGACAUAGCAUCAAGUUCUUUUGGAGUUGAAAGCCAUGUUCACUACAUCCAACCCCUGCAAAAGAAUGACGCUUGGGAGCUCUUCAGAAAGAAAGCGUUCUCAACUAACCAUGACAAAGCUUGUCCACCCGAGCUUGACUUUCUAGCUCGGGGACUUGUGGAAAAGUGUGAAGGCCUUCCUCUGGCUGUUGUUGCUUUGGGUGGUCUAAUGUCUUCAAAAACGUCACCAGAUCAAUGGCACAGAGUCUUCAAGAGUUUGAAUUGGCAUUUAAAUAACAAUUCAUUGCUUGACCCUGUGAAAACCCUCUUGUUGCUUAGCUUCAAUGAUUUGCCAUCCCGAUUGAAGCAUUGCUUCCUCUAUUGUUCCCUUUUUGCAGAAGAUUAUUCAAUUCAAAGGAAAAGGAUUAUUAGAUUGUGGAUAGCUGAAGGAUUUGUUGAAUAUGCGAAAGGGGUCACGCCGGAAGAAGUUGCAGAUGGCUAUCUUUUGGAACUCUGCUUCCGUAGCAUGUUACAAGUUGUAGAAAGAAAUGUAACAGGGAGACCGAAAAAAGUUAAGAUGCAUGAUCUUAUGCGAGAGCUUGCUUUGUCAACAUGCGAGAGAGAAAAGUUUGGUCUUGUCCACGACGGGAGAGAAGUAAUGGAAGACAUCUCAAGCCGUCGCUUGUCAAUUCACGCAACGAGUGAUGGAGGAGAAAUCAAAUCAUUCCUGGGUAUGUCAAAUAUUCGUUCUCUUCUUGUCUUUGCCACUGACAUGUCCUCAAUGUCUUUAUUAAAUGCAAAUGCACUACUUUCUCGAUCCAAAUUGUUGAGGAGUCUAGACUUGGAGGGUGUUCAAAUUGAUAAAUUGCCAGAUGCAGUUGCUUCCAUGUUCAACUUGAGAUAUUUAAAUUUGAGGGGCACUUUAAUCAGGGAACUUCCAAAGUCCAUAGGGCGUCUCCGCAACCUUCAAUUUCUGAACAUGAGGGACAGUAAGAUAGAGUCACUUCCACAAGGAAUUAUAAAGUUGUUCAACCUGCGCCAUCUAAUUGUGUCUCGCCACACUGGAGACUCUCAAGACUUCAAAAUUGCAUGGGGAACAAAAGCGCCUUCAGAUAUUUGCAAGUUGCAGAAAUUGCAAAUUUUAACAUAUAUUGAAUCAGAAGGGGACACAAUCAGACUUAUCGGCAACUUAACACAACUUCUGAGCAUCGGCAUAUCGAAUUUGAAAGAAAGAGAUGGGAUAGACCUUUGGUUUUCACUUAAAAAGUUGACUCUGCUUCACACGUUGGACUUAAUGGCAAGUAAUGAAGAAGAAAUUCUUCCAGUGAAUGCACAAUGUCCGCCUCUUCCACACCUUCGACGGCUUUUGUUUAAUGGCAGACUACUGCCAAACGUAACACCUUGGAUUUCUUCACUGCAUAGCCUCACACUUUUGUGUCUGCGUUGGUCAAGACUUGAAGACGAUUUACUACCUCAUAUUGAAGCACUGCCCAAUUUGACAAGGCUAUAUCUCUGUAAUGCAUAUGUGGGAGAAGAGUUGUAUUUCCGCAGAGGCUUUGUAAAGCUGGUGAGAUUGGAGUUGUUGAAUUUUGCAUCGUUGAAAAAGAUUACUAUAGAGAAAGGGGUGAUGCCCGAUCUCCGAUACUUACGGGUUGAUGGCUUCAUGGAAUUGAAGGCAGUGCCGCUGGGUCUCGAAUACCUUUCAAAUCUACAAAGCCUGAGCCUGAAAGAUGUUCCAACAGAAAUUAUAAACCCCAUUCGGAAAGAAGGUGAGGAUCGCAAAAAUGUACAACACAUCCCUGAGAUCAGACAUUUUUUCCAACAGUCAUCCAAGUGGUUCUACGAAAACUUGUCCUAG